CACGCAUGGCGUGACAACAGACCCGCGUGACCUUCAUGCCCGUCCGCCAGUUUCACACAGAAUGCCUUGAUAUUCUGCAUUGACUAAGGUGUAAAAGAUAAAAGGGUCGGGUCGGCUGUCUUCUUUUUCAUCAAAUCGUUUCUCCCUUCGCAGUUGUUGACUCGCUGUGCGUCAGACGGCAGACCCCCUCGCUGGGCUUGGACAGCAAGAGCACAUUGUAGAGGGAAGACGUUCGCAAUAUGGGCUUGAAGAAUAGUGAAGAAGCAGUAGCCGUUCAGAAAUUCAAGGAAUAUCUUCGUAUCAAAACGGUCCAGCCGAACCCUGAUUAUGGUACUGCAGUGAAAUUCCUUCAAGAGUAUGCCAAGGAAUUGGGGCUUUUGUGUCAAGUUGUUGAGCCUGCACCUGGGAAACCAGUCGUUAUCAUGACAUGGAUUGGUCAAAUGUCAGAUUUGUCUGCAAUUCUUCUCAAUUCUCACAUGGAUGUAGUGCCAGUAUUUCCGGAAAACUGGAUCCAUGAUCCAUUUGAGGCUUUUGAAGCUGAUGAUGGAAAGAUAUUUGCAAGAGGAUCUCAGGAUAUGAAGUGUGUUGGCAUCCAACAUUUAGAAGCAAUCCGACAUCUCAAAAACAAAGGGUUCCACCCCAAGAGAUCUGUGCAUUUGACAUUUGUACCUGAUGAAGAAAUAGGUGGUGAAUUGGGCAUGAAGAAAUUCUGUAGAAUGCAGGAGUUCCAGAAACUCAAUAUUGGUUUUGCACUGGAUGAGGGUCUGGCAACACCUGAUGAUGUUUAUCCUGUCUUUUAUGCUGAACGCAACCAAUACUGGGCAGAAUUUGAGUUUGUUGGGAACCCUGGUCAUGGAUCAAGAUUCAUAGAGGAUACAGCUGUGGAAAAAGUGCACAAGUUCAUGGGAAAAGUUCUACAAUUCAGGGAACAGGAGAAGCAGAGAUUGGAAUCUCACCUAGAACUCACAGAUGGAGAUGUAACUUCAUCCAACAUAACUAUCUUACAGGGAGGAGUCCAGCCAAAUGUGGUUCCUUCAAGCAUCAAGAUCACUGUUGAUUUCCGAGUUACACCAUCAAGAAAGAUGGAUGACUUUGAAAGAAUGAUUCAGUCUUGGAUGACAGAAGCAGGCCCAGGGAUUUCAAAACGUAUGCUGGUUGAACAUAAGGAUCAGACCUUCACUUCAAUAUCCCCUGAUGACCCUUGGUGGAUGGCAUUCUCUGGCGUUUUUGUUCAUCUGAAUCUCAAGAUGGAUCCUCAAAUAUUCCCAGCUGGCACAGACAGUCGGUUCCUGCGAGAGUUUGAAUUUGCAAAACUUCUUUCCACAAGUCCUCCUCAUCUGGAGCAUCUGCUUGGUAUCCCAGCUAUUGGCUUUUCACCCAUGAUUCAUACUCCCAUCUUACUCCAUGAUCACAAUGAAUAUCUCAAGAGACCAGUUUUCCUUGAUGGAAUUGAGAUCUUCGUGCAUCUGCUGAAAGCCUUGACAACUGUUCCACAGCACUGACAAUUUGUUCUUGUCAGAUUUGGCUUGCCUUAGUAUCUUUCCUCUGACUGAUAGUAGCUGAUAUUAUCUCUAUGCUUUCAAUUUCACAAAAAUUCUGAGUAGAAGAGCCAUGAGAUUCUUUACCAUAUCCAGGGAACUGUGUUCUUGUGAUGAUAAUAACAUGCUGCUGCCAUACCCACGCUACUUUGACCAAGCUGAAAAGCUACACAGAUGAGUUUUACAUUCUUGCAAGGUGAUAUUUUAUUCCAUGCCCAUACCUCAUUCCUGUGAUGCUUGAAAGGUGCUUAUAAUGUGCAAUCGCUGUGACUGUUUCUAUUCAAUGGGGAGACAUUUGCAAUGCUCAACUCCCCUCUUUUUCUUUUUUGAGCUUAGCAAGUCAUGCAUCUUGUCAGGAUCUUGUCGUUUGUAUAAACACUCUAUUGAAUCCUUGGCAAUAAAUUUAAAUUUUACAGA